UUUAAAAGUAAUAAAAUACAAAAAUAAUAAGAAAAGGAAAAACAACCUGUUUUAAAUUAUCAAAUAUCUACGAAAAUAAAAAAUAUUUUGGUUGUAGUAAUUAAUGGGCCUGCUAUAAAUUUUAAGGGCUGCUUUCACAAAAGUGAAUUAAAUCCGAAUAAUACAACUCAAGUGACAUGAGCGCGGAGCGAGUGCUGGACGCGCAGACGUGGCCCGCGGAGGCCGAGGCGGCCAUCGGCGACAUCCGGCGCCACGUCCGAGCCGCCAGCGUCUCCUCGCGCCUGCGCAGCCACCACCGCAUCUACAUCAACCUCACCACGCUCGAGGACCACACCUACUGCAUCGAGAUGUCGGCGGCCGGCUUCCGCGUCGUCGGCCGGAAGUACGACGACGUCAGCCUCACCGGGCACGUCAACUAUGAGACUCCCUACGCGCUGCUCAAUAACAUCAGCCAGAAAUACAAGGAGUCGUUCGGCGACGAACUGAUGACCAAACUAUUGCAUCUCGCCGGUGCCCCAGAGGGCCGAUGAGUACAUUCUGGGACGAACAACGUGGCUUGCUCUCAGAACUCUUACGAUACUCUAAAUCAGAAUCUUCGUAGAGCAUUGUGAUGACUCUGUACCUAUUGGGAAUGUUAGUGAACGGUAUCACAAUUAAUUGCUCAGGACAAUGUAUUCCUUUUGUUUUUUUGUAUUUGUGUCAGUAUUGCAGCGCGGAGAGAUGCUUGCUCCGUAGAUUUUAGGCGAGUUUAGUCUUAUUUGUAGAAGUAUUUAAAUUUAAUGUCAAACUAGAUAUUAAAUUGUAACAACUCUGCAAACUGAUAAGUUAAUAAUGCAGCGCUCGACCAGCGCUCGUCCUAUACGCGGCGCUCACGUCGAGGCCACGGUCAACUGCACGAAAUAAAUUGAUAAUCCGUUUGUAGAGUUGAAUGUAAAGAAAAUAUAUUGUUAGUACAACCGCACCAGAUAUAUGUAGUACAAAACUUAUAAAUCGGCUUAUAACAAAUAUAAUAUGUCAUGUACUGAUAUAAUUUAUAAAAUAAACCUGUAAUA